AUGCCAUUUAAUGUAGAUAAUAAGGUGCGUUUCAUUCAUCCUCCUCCCUACCGCUUCAUCACCCCGUCACGAAUGCCAAUAGAUCUUCGUCUGCACAAUAGACCAUUACUGGAACGCUGUCUCUCCGUCGUCCAGGAACUUCGGGGCCCGGCCAAACUAGGCUGGUUUCAAGAGUUUAAGGAGCAACUUAUCAAGCGACUCCGAGGUAAGACCUCUACUUUGAUAUUCGCCUUGAAUCCCGACAAUAUUGGAUGGCAUUCCGUAGAUGGCUUUUAA